AUGCCAUCUUCAACAACAUCGGAAUCACGGCGUGGUCGUGAUGUCCCGGUGCCAUGCUUCGCUCUCUUCGACAUACUCACUGAGGUUGAGGCGAACGACACCGAGUGUGACUUUUUCGGCUAUACCAAACUCCUGAAUAACCUCGAAUUCCAUAGGACACUCGGCAAGGUGAUUGUUGCGGUCUAUUGA